AUGGCUCCUAUUACUGCUAGGAGCGACAGUGAUGACGGCAAUAUCACAGUCGCCUCCUAUGUCCUCGGCACGAUUGGCACCGUCCUCUGGUGCAUCCAGCUAAUACCCCAGAUCUGGUAUAAUUGGCGACAGAAAAAAACCGAUGGGUUUCCGCCUUUGAUGAUGCUUCUGUGGGCUUCUUGUGCCGUACCAAUGGGCGCUUAUAUGAUCUUGCAAACAACGUCAUUAGUUGUGGCUACGGCGGUGUUGUUCGGUGGGAUUGAGACGUUGUUGGUUCUUACUUUGAGGAUACCAUAUAAUAAGGGUGUGACCUGGCCGGACCUGGUGGUUGGUGUUGUUGCGGCAAUUUUACUAGCAUCUGGGCUUUUGCCGCCGUAUUAUGAGUUGUGGAAGAGAGAUGGCCGUGUAAUUGGGUUCAGUGAGUUUUCAGUUCUGCCCAGGGAUCAUUCGAUAUACUUGGAGGCAUCAUGUACAUACUCGUCGACGUUCAAAGUUGUGGACUGGCUGACCCGGGUGAGUGGCAUCAAUAGGGUCGUCCUCGAGGCAGGAAUCUAUGCAAGCCAUAUCAUCUGGCGGAUUCGGUACCGCGCAGUCCGCAAGGAAGCCAGGGCAUCUGGCAAAAGUAUCGAUGAAGUGCUGGAGGAGCAAAAUAGGGUCCAAACGAACCAGGAAACCAAGAAGGAUGGGAUCAUUUCUCAUCACCGUGGGAACAGCAGCCAUGUGCAGCAGCAGCAACAGCAGCAACAGCAACAGCAACAGCAAUCGGGGCCGAAAGUAACGCAAACCAUUUCGGAGGCAAAUGCUGCCGGUGCCUGA